AACCUCUACUUAUAAUUAAAGCAGAGCUAAGAGAGCAGUAAUUCAGAAUCCAUGGCAAUUGAUUGUACUAGUGAUCCAGAAGUAGUAGAAGAAUCAAAUGGAAAACCAGAAUAUGGAGGAGGAAAUGGAGGUGGUGGAAUAAUAGAUGCAAAAGAAAGACAUAAAUUAUUAGAAAGAGAACGAAGAAAAUCAAUGACACAAUUAUUUUCAUCUCUUCAUUCAUUAUUACCUAAUUCUAGAACAAUACGCAAUGAACAAUCUGCAAUCCUUGAUGCACUUAUUGAGUACAUACCUAAAGCUGCUGAUCGUCUUCGUUCUCUACAAACUUCAAUAGAUGAUGCUUCAUCCAGUACUACUUCGUCCGUUCUGUCAAAUUCAAAGUUUUCUUCUCUGCCGGCAUUUCAAGGUUCUUCGGAUAAUAAAAAGAACAAGGCAACUUCUGCUGCAAGCACAAUAAGUGAUUGUGAUAUCCGGAUUGCUCCCAAACCUUCUUCUUCGGUAGCGUUACGAGUUCGAGGUGACAGAGUUAAUGUUACUUUGGUUACUAAGAGCACCACUCCGCAGAAUGUAUUAAUACCGGCAGAUGUUUUAGAUGAGCUUGAAAACCAUCAACUUGAACUGGUCCGUUCAACACACUGUCGUGAUGCAACUAAGGUUUUGCAUCAUUUUGAAGCCAAGAUUUGUGAUGAAUUGGAGAAAUCUCCGGCGGAACUACAAGCGAGAUUACAAGAACUAGCAAAAAAACUCCAGAAGCCGAGGAAAUCAACUUUACUCAAGAGAACUUUUGAUCAAACUGAAUGAACACUAGUAAUAUACAACUCCUCCUGAAGUUUAAUCAUGUGGCGCGAUGUAAGCACACGACUAAUUACUAUAGAUAUACUACAAAGGGAGGGUGUUGCGCUGCAUAAUUCAUGUAUUCUAAUUCUUCACUGUAAGGUGGCUGGCAGAGUAUAUGGUUGUAUCUUACUCCUAGCUACGGAAGGAUGCAUAAGCCGGGAACGUUGGGUCCCUAGUGAAACGUCAGGAAAGUCUGUUUGGUCAUGCAUUCCUGCAGCAGUAACCUGGGUGCUCUGGAGAACGUAACGGAAUAACUUUCAGAGACAGGUAUAAUUCAAAAGCAAAAACAUUGUUGUUAACUUGGAGACUGCAGCAGGUCUAACCGUCUUACUGCAGAAAUGAAUUUCUCGCUUUUGGUUUUUUAAAUUCUCGGGAAUCCAUCUUCUUUGUUAGAGAUAUUGUAAGUUAUCUCUUGUCCAAUAAAAUCUCCAAUUCAAUCAUAAAGGAAAACAAACAAAUAGUG